AUGCUAUUCUCGUGUGACAUUACGGAAAGACCCUUCGAAGAUAAAAAUACAGACCGUCGACGCUUUGAUCAGAAACAAAAAAAAAGAUGUCCGGGCUGGGUAGUGGAUCAUCAAAUGCAUCAUCAAACGCAAUAUGGCGGCUCGUGUGACAUUACGGAAACACCCUUCGAAGAUAAAACUUCAGACAGUCGACGCUUUGAAUCAGAAACAAACAAAAAAAAAAGUGCAACAGUCUCAGAUGGCGAGUAUGGGAUCCGCUCGUGUGACAUUACGGAAACACCCUCCGAAGAUAAAACUUCAGACAGUCGACGCUUUGAUCAGAAACAAAAAAAAAAGUUGUCCUGGAUAGUGAAUCACCAUCAAUUGGACCACCAACUGGACCAUCUAUUGGACCAUCAAGUGGACCACCAACUGUACCAUCAAUUGGACCAUCAAUUGUACCAUCUAUUGGACCAUCAAUUUGACCAUCAAGUGAACCAUCAAGUAUGUCAUCAAGUGACUCAUCAAGUAUGUCAUCAACCUCAAUGCCACAAUCCCAGAUGGUAUUCGGCUACUUCGAUUCCUCAAAUACCAUGA